AUGGAGACGGGAGCGAAAGUAACGGCGACGGUUACAGCGACGGCGAUGGGGAUUGGGACGAGGAAGAGAGAUCUGAAACCGUACAAAGGGAUACGGAUGAGGAAAUGGGGAAAAUGGGUGGCGGAGAUUAGAGAGCCGAACAAGCGUUCGAGGAUCUGGCUCGGCUCUUACUCCACGCCUGAAGCGGCGGCGAGAGCUUACGACACUGCCGUUUUCUACCUCCGUGGACCUUCCGCGAGGCUUAAUUUCCCGGAGCUUUUGGCCGGGCUCACGGUUUCAGGCGGCGGCGGUGGAGGAGGAAUAGAGGGAGAUUUGUCGGCGGCGUAUAUAAGGAGAAAAGCGGCGGAGGUUGGUGCUCAGGUGGAUGCGCUUGGAACGACGGUGGUGGUGAAUCCCGGCGAGGAUAUUCGCCGGAGCUGCGGUGAUUACGAGGAUGAGGAGGAGGAAGAGAGUCGUAACGGAAUUAAGAGCGGUAGCGGGUCGUUGGAACGGGUCGAUUUGAAUAAAUUACCCGACCCGGAAAAUUCGGAUGGUGACGACGAGUGGGUGAAGAGGAGAUAG